AUGCUGGUUGGCAACAUUUACGUGAUUGCGGGUGUCUCCGUCGUUGGUGGCGCCCUCUUUGGCUUCGAUAUCUCUUCCUUGUCUGCCCAACUCAAUGAGAACUCCUACAAAUGCUACUUCAACCAGGGUCCGCAGGGACCUCCCUUCACCGACGACGAGGACUGUUCGGGUCCGACCUCCUUGAACCAAGGUGGCAUCACUGCUGCCAUGGCAGCUGGCUCUUGGCUGGGCGCCUUGAUCUCCGGUCCGCUGUCAGAUCGGAUUGGACGAAAGACCUCCAUCAUGGUUGGCUGUGUUAUCUGGUUGAUCGGAUCGAUUAUCAUCUGUGCGUCCCAGAACAUCGGCAUGCUAGUGGUGGGCCGCAUCAUCAACGGCUUGUCGGUCGGUAUCGAAUCGGCCCAGGUUCCGGUCUACAUCAGCGAACUGUCUCCCCCCUCGAAGCGUGGUCGGUUCGUCGGCAUGCAACAGUGGGCCAUCACAUGGGGAAUCUUGAUAAUGUUCUAUAUCUCGUACGGAUGCUCCUACAUCGGAGGACAGAAGUCCUACAACUACAGCACCGCCUCGUGGCGUGUUCCAUGGGGCUUGCAGAUGCUCCCGGCCGUGUUCUUGCUAGGAGGGAUGCUGGUGCUGCCCGAGUCACCUCGCUGGCUGGCACGAAAGGAUCGGUGGGAGGAAUGCCAUCGCGUCCUGGCGUUGGUUCAUGCCAAAGGCGACUUGCAUCAUCCGUUCGUCGCCCUGGAGAUGCAGAACAUUCGCGAUAUGUGUGAGCUUGAGCGACAGUACAAGAACGUCACCUAUUUGGAUUUAUUCAAGCCGCAAAUGCUGAACCGGACCCUGAUCGGCUUGUUCACGCAGAUCUGGUCGCAGCUAACGGGCAUGAACGUGAUGAUGUAUUACAUCACCUAUCUCUUCUCCAUGGCCGGCUAUACGGGCAAUUCUACUCUCCUGGCCUCGUCCAUUCAGUACAUCAUCAAUGUGCUGAUGACUCUCCCAGCUCUGAUCUGGAUGGAUCGUUGGGGUCGAAGGCUUCCCUUGCUGGUGGGGUCGGCUUUGAUGGCGAUCUGGAUGUAUACGAAUGCGGGUAUUAUGGCCGUGCAUGGGGAGGUGGUUCCGGGUGGGAUUGACGGUGUUGCGGCGGAAUCGAUGCGUCUGCACGGGGCGGCGGCCAGGGGGUUGAUUGCCUGCACCUACUUGUUCGUUGCUUCAUACGCCCCCACCCUCGGCCCCGUUUCGUGGACAUACCCGCCCGAGCUCUUCCCGCUCCGUCUCCGUGGGAAGGGUGUUGCUCUAUCAACCUCGGGCAACUGGGCGUUCAACACCGCACUGGGACUGUUCACUCCGACUGCCUUUGCCAAUAUCCGCUGGAAGACGUACAUCAUCUUUGGCGUCUUCAACACCGCCAUGUUCAUCCACUUCUACUUCAUUUUCCCCGAGACCGCCGGAAAGACCCUGGAAGAGACGGAGGCCAUGUUUGAAGACCCCAAUGGCAUCAAGUAUCUCGGGACUCCAGCCUGGAAGACCAGGGUCAAGACCAGUGCGGUCCGGGAGAUGGAGCGCGGCCAUGUUGAUCUGGAGUCGAAGAUCGCGCCGGGCCACUCUCACACCGAGCACACCGAGACGGUCACAGCUGGUGAAAAGCGGGCGGAGGAACGAGCGGAGGUUUGA